UUAUUGAACUAUACAACAUUCGAGCCUUGCGCAACACUGAACGGGCGACGAUUGCAAGCUAGAGGAGGCAAUAAGAAUAGAGAAUAUAUUUUUUUAGCUAGUUUAUAAAUUGGCAAAUUUUUAGUUAUAACUACAUUUAGUGCAUAUCAUUUAGGCUUCAAACCCACAUCCAGCCAUGCAGUGGACGGUGAUGUUGGCGCUGCUUGCCAGUAGCAGCGUUGUCGUCAUUGUCGAUUGCUUUUAUGUGCCCGGUGUGGCGCCCGUUGAGUUUGUGCGUGGCCAAAAAAUCGAUGUGAAAGCGGUAAAAAUGACCAGCAGCCGGACACAGCUGCCGUAUCAGUAUUAUUCCCUUCGCUUCUGUUAUCCUAAGAAUGGCACACUCAUUUUCAAGUCGGAGAAUCUUGGAGAGGUGCUGCGUGGCGAUCGCAUUGUCAAUACACCGUACGAGGUCCAAAUGGCAGAGAACAUCAAUUGCAAGCUGUUGUGCAAUAAGAAGGAUUUGCCCAUGACCUGGAGCAAAGAGGAUUCGGCCAUGGUCGCUGAGCGCAUACAACACGAGUAUUUUGUGCACUUGCUGGUGGACAAUUUACCGGUGGCUACGCGAAUUGUCAAUGUCAAUAAUCCCGCCGAAGUUAACUAUGAGCAUGGUUACAGAUUGGGCCAAGUCGAUGGCGAUAAAAUGUACAUCAACAAUCAUCUUAAAUUUAUACUCUCCUAUCACAUGUACACUAAGGAUAAAUAUCGCGUCGUUGGCUUUGAGGUGAUAACUGGUUCUGUAAGCAACAAGGAGAUCAAGUUUGAAGGCGAUAGCUGCAAUUUUCCGGAUAGCCCAAGUCCACAGGUGGUUAAUCCUUCGGGCGAAACUCAGCUGUAUUUCACGUACUCUGUCGUAUGGAAGGAGUCCAAGGUUAGCUGGGCCUCACGCUGGGAUAUUUAUUUGGGCAUGCGUGAUGUGCAGAUCCAUUGGUUUAGCAUUAUCAAUUCGCUGGUCGUGGUCUUCUUUUUGUCGGGCAUACUCACCAUGAUUAUGAUACGCACAUUGAGGCGUGACAUUGCUCGAUAUAAUACGGAUGAUAACAUCGAGGAUACUCUGGAGGAGACCGGCUGGAAACUGGUGCAUGGCGACGUCUUUCGUCCGCCCAAAAAUACGCGCCUCUUUUCUGCUAUAAUUGGCAGUGGCAUUCAAAUUUUUUUCAUGUCCAUGAUCACCAUAUUCUUUGCCAUGCUGGGCAUGCUCUCGCCCUCCUCACGCGGCGCUCUAAUGACCUCAGGCAUUUUUAUGUAUGUCUUUAUGGGCACCAUUGCAGGCUACUAUGCUGCGCGACUCUACAAGACGAUGAAGGGGCGUGAGUGGAAGCGCGCCGCCUUCCUAACAGCCACUCUCUAUCCGGGCAUUGUCUUCGGCACUGGCUUCAUUUUGAACUUCUUCAUUUGGGACAAGUCCUCGAGUGGCGCUGUGCCUUUUACCACAAUGAUAUCGCUGCUAUUGCUAUGGUUCGGCAUAUCAGUGCCUCUGGUAUACCUGGGCUUCUACCUGGGCUAUCGCAAGCAGCCGUAUCAGCAUCCAGUGCGCACCAACAUGAUACCACGUCAGGUGCCCGCUCAGCACUGGUACAUGAAUGCCGCUUUGAGCACCCUUAUGGCUGGCAUAUUGCCAUUUGGCGCCGUUUUUAUUGAGCUUUUCUUUGUCUUUACAGCCAUUUGGCAAAAUCAGUUUUAUUAUUUGUUUGGAUUUCUGUUUUUAGUGUUUUGUAUUCUGGUUGUUAGCUGCGGCCAAAUAUCAAUUGUCAUGACCUAUUUUCAGCUGUGCGGCGAGGAUUAUCGCUGGUGGUGGCGCAGCUUUAUCGUAUCCGGUGGCUCGGCUGUGUAUGUGCUAUUCUAUAGCAUAUUUUACUUCUUUACCAAGCUGGAGAUUACAGAAUUUAUACCCACGCUACUUUACUUGGGCUACACAGGUCUCAUGGUGCUAACAUUCUGGCUGUUGACCGGCUCCAUCGGCUUCUUUGCUGCCUAUAUAUUCAUAUUGAAAAUCUACGGUGCCGUAAAAAUUGAUUAAGACCUAAGAGACAUCACACUGGCACACUAUGCUGUACACCAAACUAUCCCUGCAAUAUCAUUUGAUCGUAAUACUUAUUGCCUAUAAUAUAAAUAUUUAUAUAUAUAUAUGAAAGAACACCUAGCAGUCUGCAAAAGGCCAUGUGUAAAAUCUUGUUUAAGCUAUUUAGCUCUCAACUCUUAACUAAGUCUGCUAUAAGUUUCCUUUUUGCCUGCUGAUGCGCUUUAAUUACCGACAAAACACCGAUUGAGAAACUUAAUUAAGAGUUUAGUUGGGCGUCGCUCAAAUUUCGAGUGCAUUGCGUAGGGUACAUUAUAGAAACGCCUAAUUUAUAUAUGUAUUGUAAAAAAAAAACGAUAACCUAAUCUAAGCUUUAACAUAAAAACAUGAAAUCUAAUAAAUCUAAGCUAAGUAUA